AUGGCGGCCGCUGGUGGUGCUGCCAGCAUUAUCACUCAAGUUCAGCAGACAGCCGGCCCCCCCAUCAAUACAUUGGGAGAAAUUGCAGCCGAUGAACAUAUUACACUGGACUUGAGGGGGACUCAAUUCACCCUAUCUCGAGAUGAACUGUUGACACUCCCCGAAUUUGUGUUGCUGUCAUUAUUCCCGAAUGGCCUUCUUCCAGACGGUCACAUGAAUGCCUUUCAUGACGGCGAUGUCUAUCCCGUUGACUAUGACCCAGCAUCCCUGCAGUAUAUGUUAAGUUUCUUCCGCGAUGUUGCACAAUCAAUACCCUCAGCAUCCCCUUCACCAACAACACCGCCAGAGAACGAUCCGAUGUCAAUCGAGCCACUACAAGGGUCCACGAAGGACAUGCUACAAGAUAGAGCGGGGAUCAUCGUUUUGAGAGAGGAUCUCGACUUCUACGUAAUCCCUCCUCGACCGGACAUUGAACAGUUGGAGAUGACCGAAGUCAAACGGGCAGCAGGCAGAUCUUUACUCAAACAGAACGGCAUCUUCUCUGGGCUCAAGAGGAGUGAAGAGGCCGGGACGACAGAGCAGCACUUGAUUGAAAUGUUGACUGCUGGAGGGUUCAAUCACGAUGAUGCUUGGGGUCAUCGAGCAGGGGAGCCGAACAAGGCGGUCAUUUGCAGUCUCGCCCUGGCUCGCUUACGAACAGACAUCAAAGGUGACAUCGCGGGAAGUAACGCUGUCGGGAUGGCCCAAAAACUAUUACUCUUUUGGCGGAAGCCUGCACGAAGGUGCUGGUGGGAGGGUGUUGAGCUGGAUGAUGUCGAAGGGGUGGCAGGCAAGCUAAAAGUAUGGAUACGAAGGGUGUGGACCCUUGAAAUGGUGAGUGAUCCUACCCUGACCUACCGGCAGUCGUGA